AUCAUUCGCUGCUGCUGCUCCAAAAGGCGGCGGGCAAAGGGAAAGACUUCCCCGGGAACCGCAUUUUCCCUGUCGCCUCCUCCUCCGGCCCCAGGGGCUCCUUCUCUGUCUGAAGCACUCCUCCACCCUGAGCCAGAAUGCUGAUUCUUUUGGCGUUCAUCAUCAUCUUUCAUAUCAUCUCCGCCGCGUUUCUGUUUAUUGCUACGAUCGACAGCGCUUGGUGGGUCGGGGAUGGCUUCAAAACAGAUCUUUGGCAGUUCUGCAAUUAUACCAACUGCACAUCUAUCGACGAACAGUUCCCAGACUACCAAGCCAUCCAGGCCAUGCAAGCCACCAUGAUCCUGGCCACCAUCUUCUGCUGCCUGGCCUUCUUCACCUUCAUCCUGCAGCUCUUCCGCCUCAAGCAAGGAGAGAGAUUCAUCCACACGUCUGUCCUCCAGCUGAUAUCGUGCUUGUGUGUGCUUAUCGCGGUCUGCAUUUACACGGACAGACACGAAGUCCUUCACACAGGCGGAAUCUACGACUUCGACAUCAGCAGCGGCCAGUUUGGAUACUGUUUCAUCCUAGCUUGGUUGGCGUUUGCCUGCACCCUCAUCAGCGGCCUCAUGUACCUCGUCCUAAGGAAGCGCAAAUAAACGACGGCUGGGGGAGCAGACGCCUCUCUCCGCUGCAAUGACAUUCCA